GCAGGGGGUUGCCUUGACAUGUAGGCAUCUUGGAAUAUGGAGAGAACUUUCUAAUUGUGUUUGAAUGGUGGGUUGCAGGGUUAUAGGAGAAGAGAGUUGAUAAGGUGACUAGAAAAAGCCAUCUAUCCCCCUGUAUUAUCCCCAUCUAUUCUUAUACACACAUAAUGUUAACUGUGGUGGAGAGAGUGAGCCCAGCUUCCCAGGUACCGUCUGUAAUGACGCAUCAAGAGCUCGGUCUGUGCCUAGAGCUCAGUCUUGUGUUGCUGGCUGCGCGUACACGGUGCUACACAAGAUUUCAGUAAGCGUGUCUGUUCCCCAAACUUACAGGUUUUUCUAUUGGAUACCUUUCCAGAAGGGGAAGUUAUGACCAAAGGAUCAGAAGUUUUUAUGGCUUAAAACUAAAAACAUACUCUUUGACAGGAAUUUUCUUUAGACUUUUCAGUAGAUUAUAUACUGUACAGGGUUGUUGUUGUUUUUUAAGAGCAAAUGUACAAAAGCAUGUACAAUAAAAAGUCUACCCUCCUGACCCAGGAGUCUCUUACAGUUCUCCCUGAGGACAAUUGUCAGUUUCUUCUAUAUUCUUCCACAAAUAUUCUGCAGAUAUUUUUGUAUGUAUCUAUUUUUUAAAAAAUAGAUACAUACUGUUAUAUUCUGUUGAGCAUCUUGCUUUCAAUAUUUUUAAAAUUUAUCUUUAGAGAGGGAGAGAAGCACUGAUGUGUGAAAGAUACAGCGAUAGGUUGCACCUCUUGCACACCCCUAAGUGGGAACAGGCAUGUGCCCAGCCUGGGAAUCUAAGUGGCAGUCCUUUGGUUCACAGGCCACUCAGUCCACUGAGCCACACCAGCCAAGCAGAGCUCAUACACCAUUCUUGAUGGGGGCGGUUCCCAGCUCUUGGAUAUUUCGGGUACUACUGAUCUUUUUGCUUAAAUAAUCAAUAUGGUGUUAAUUUUCCACUUUGUAUAUCUGCCCAGGGAGGGCAUCGCGUCAAAGGGGGAACUUCAGCUUUAGCUUAGGUUCAAACACAUGGUCAGCCACACUUCCGUGGCUUGUGACCUGGGGGCAGUGAUACUUCUCUUGAUCCUCUUUACCCGUCUGUAAAAUGGGCAGGUUGUACUAAUCCUUCUGUCACAUAGGUGCUGGGAGUAUAGUAGAAAACUAAAAACUUGGCUGGCUUACUUCCCCAAUCCCCCUUAGUCAAGAAGCAACUGAAGUGCCCGACGCCUACUUCUCUAGCUUCAAAUGGUUACCCGCCCCUUCUCCUGGCCAUGUUGGGGGCGGGGCAUGUAAAAUGUCUCUGUGACGUCAGUAUGUGCAGGGCCAAUCCCCCUGCCGGUUAGGCAUUAGCUUAUUUACAUAGAUAGCCCACUAUUGGUUCGCUAGGCAGUGAGGGCCGUCCCAGCUUUUUAAAGCUGCCGCGCAGUAUAAACUAGUAGAUGUGGAGCAGCCAGACCCUGAUGUCAUCGAGCGCAGUACCUUUUGGGGUUGACGUCAUUUCUGGGGAGCUUGCCGGUACAGAGCUGUUAGAGCUUUCCUAACCACUCGGGCUGGCCUAAGACGACCCCCCCCCAAAUCCUAAGUGAAGAUUGGCCCCACUGCAGUUCAGUGUCUCAGGUGGCGCCCUGCCUCCAGAAGGGAACCAUGAUACAGGUCGUGAGCCCCGGCCCAGCCCCUCCACUUCUCUGCCACCCCUGAUGCGACCAUGGGCUCUGGCAGUGACUAGGUGGCCCCCCUCCACACCUGUGGGUCAGCGGCGAUUGUCUGCGGGACCUGGCAGCACCCCGGCCUGGCUCUGGGGAAGCCCUGGCCGUGAGGGCCGCCUGCCUGCCCAGGAUGAGCGCUCACCCUCCCAGCAGCCGCCGCCCCGACCGCCACUCUUCCCCGUAGAAGAGCACCGAGCCUCGGCUCCUGCCGGCGGGAGCCCCCGAAUGCUGCACCCAGCCUCCCAACAGAGCCCCCCGUUCAUGGUCGACAUCCACGAGCAGGUGCACCAGGGAGCCGUCCCCCUGUCCUACACAGUCACCACAGUGACGACCCAAGGCUUCCCCUUGCCUUCAGGCCAGCACAUCCCUGGCUGCAGUGCCCAACAGCUCCCAGCAUGCUCCGUGAUGUUCAGUGGGCAGCACUACCCGCUCUGCUGCCUCCCACCCCCGCUGAUCCAGGCGUGCACCAUGCAGCAGCUGCCUGUGCCCUAUCAGGCCUACCCCCACCUCAUCUCCAGUGACCACUACAUCCUGCACCCCCCACCGCCAGCCCCACACCCCCAGCCCACCCACAUGGCGCCUCUGGGGCAGUUCAUAUCGCUGCAGACCCAGCACCCGCGGAUGCCCUUGCAGCGGCUGGACAGUGAUGUGGACCUGCGGGGGGAUCAGUACCCCCUGGGGAGCUUCGCCUACUCCACCUCUGCCCCGGGCCCAGCCCUUUCCCCGUCUGUGCCCCUGCACUACCUGCCCCACGACCCGCUGCACCAAGAGCUGUCCUUUGGAGUGCCCUAUUCCCACAUGGUGCCACGGAGACUGAGCACCCAGAGGUACCGCCUGCAACAGCCGCUACCGCCGCCGCCGCCCCCGCCACCACCCCCACCGCCGUAUUACCCCAGCUUCCUGCCCUACUUCCUCUCGAUGCUGCCAAUGUCACCAACAGCAGUGGGACCCACCAUCAGCCUGGAUCUUGACGUGGACGAUGUGGAGAUGGAGAACUAUGAGGCCCUCCUGAGCCUGGCAGAGCGGCUGGGGGACGCCAAGCCCCGAGGACUCGCCAAAGCGGACAUAGAGCAGCUCCCGGCCUACCGCUUUAACCCGGACAGCCGGCAGUCUGAGCAGACGCUGUGUGUGGUCUGCUUCAGUGACUUUGAGGCACGGCAGCUGCUCCGAGUCCUCCCCUGCAACCACGAGUUCCACACCAAGUGUGUCGACAAGUGGCUGAAGGCCAACCGGACGUGUCCCAUCUGCCGGGCCGACGCCUCUGAAGUGCCCAGGGAGGCCGAGUGAGGCCCACAGCUGCCCGUGAGAGCCCUGCCUGAAGCUCUGGAAACUCGGGAAACCCAGGGAGGGUGGGGCAGGAGUGGCCCGGGCCUGUCUGGUUGUUUUGACUGUAUCUCCAGAGCUGGUGCCGGGGUCAGCUCUGCAAUAAGCCCCUGCGUUUGCCAAGCUCCAAAGACCCCAUCCCCAGUCUGCCUGCCGGUCUGCCCGCCACGGAGCCGCCUGAGGGUCCCUAACUCAGUCUCCCUCCCAUUUGCCCUCCGGUCCAGCUCCUCCUCCUGACAGCUCGGGGAGCCAGGGGUCUGUUCCCCCAGCCCAGUUGGUGAAAACCCUUGGCCCUAGGAUGGGCAGAGGCACCAUCCUGGGUUACACAGUCUCGCACUGAAACAGUGUGCCCUCUUCCCAGGUGGCACUGACAGGCAAAGACAGUGGCAUGAGGCUGUUCCCGACCCGCAGGCCUUGGUCCUCCAGCCUUGAUCCAGUCGGACAGCCCUACCCAGCCUGCUGGGAGAGGCGGGCCGGGCUCCCUAGAGGCCCCUUGCCCCAGGCACAACAUUCCAGCCCCACCCCCAGGCUGGAGGGCCCUGAGCAUGGGCCACAGGUAUCCUGAGGGGCCUGGGCCAGACCAGGGAGAGUGACCGGUGUCCUGGUGGCCACUCCUCCCUGGCAGUGACAGGGGCCAGACCCUAUGUCCAGUGUCCCCUUUCUGUCAUUUUGCAUGAACGUGAGGAGUAGCAGCUUUCCUGUAUUCAUUUGGCCCAGAAUCACGUGUAGGAUUUGGGAGUGUGGGUUUUUAAACAAUGUUUCCUCUGUUAAAUGGGCGGCUUAGGGACCACCCAGGACUGAGUGCCCAGGGGGCAAGGAAUGGCCCGCUGGUGCUGCCCAGUCCACACACUCAUGCGCAGCCGGGGCCCGGCCUGCGGCUGGCGGUCACAGGCAGAGUCGGGGGGGGGGGGGGGUCUGUGCUCAGCUGAUAACUGCCAUGCACUGUACUGCGCACGUCUGUCCCCCGAGCCCACCGGGACCGUGUGCUUUUCAGGGCAUUUCUCCCUCCAGCCAGGGCCCGUCCCCGCCUGGGCGCAUCUCCAGGGAAGUCCCAGGGGGACAGGGCCCCCUCCCAGCCUGAGCCCUGCCACCCCCCCAGGUCUGGAGUAGGCCCCAGCAGGGUCUGGCUGAGCUCCCUUCCCUCGCCCCCCCUGGUCUCUCCUGCCCUACUCCCCGCUGGGGUUGCUGCCCCGAACGAACUGCGUGUGGGGCCGGCACAUCCUAGCAGGCAGCCCCUGGCGCCUGCUGCCUCAGGGAUGCUCCAACCACCCUCGUUCCCCUGCAGCGGCCCCUGCUCCUGCCUCCCCCCCCCGCCUGCCACGGGGCCUCGUCAGCCUGGCCCCACCCCCGUGGAGAACCCAAAGUCUUACUGUAUAUAACUCCAGGUGAUGUUUCUAUAUUUAUAGCAGUGUCGAAACCCCGUGUGUUUUACACAGAACCACCCUCUCCGACCCACCCUUCCUCACCCUGACAAAAGGUUUCAAGACCCUCCAGUCCUGGGGGUGGGCCGGGCAGGCUCUCGGAUUGUGCUGGCUGCCGCAGGGUCCCACAAGCAACUGUGGUGGGGCGGGGGCAGGGGGGGCACAACAUUUUAAAAAAUCAUUUAAAAAAAGAUUUAUAAAACAAUUAUUUAGGAUGUUUGUGAUUUGCCGACCUUGCUAUAGAUGCCAUGUUACCAAUGAUUUCCUAUGGUGGGGGCUUGCUGAUGUUUACUCACUUCCCAGCUUCUGGCCUGGGCACGGCCGUGGGCAGCAUCCCCAGCCUGGCUGGGCCUGGCACCUGUGUUCUGUGUUAGAGGGGCGUUUUAUAUAUAUGUAACUGCAUAUAUAGAGAGAAAUAUAUGUACUUUGGGGGCCCUGUUCCUUGCACAUUUUACAGUUACCUCAUUCUUCCCAUGUAUGUAUUUGAGAAAAAAUGCUAAUAUAUAGAGAAAAAAUUGUUCUUAAAGCUUAAAUGUGUGGUUUUUUUCCAUUCCAUUGGAUUCACAUUGGUUUGUAGCAUUUAACAUGACUAGUAUGUUGUAUUAUAUAUAUAUGUGUAUACUGAUUGAAAUUUUUAACAGAUUUGUACUUUUUUUAAAAUGAAAGUUGCUAGUUCUGCUUGACCAAGUAGUGCAAUCAUUAUUUUUUUUAAUAUUGUUGCUGAUUUCAGAGGGAUAUUCACUAAUAAAUGUAUGAUGUAUAUCGCGUAUU